UUUCCACACCGUUACAACAGUACCAAACCCGUUGGUAUCAACAGCAAAACCCGUCCGUCUUCGUUUGAGCAACUCUCCCCCAGCUGCUCAACACCUCCACCACAACUCGACCCGCCUUUGGUCUUUAAAAGGCAACAUCUUCACUACGGCUCCUCCGGCCGUCAGCUUCGUCAGUGACAAAGAUUUCAGCCUCUGCAAGCCCUCCCACAUCAUCAACGCGAUCCCUCCUCCCACUGCUAUUGCUGCUCGACCAUAAGCUCCUCGAUCUCUCUGUCUUGCACGGUCCAAGACCCGACCAUCCUCCCCCGUCGUUCUUCGACACCCGUCAGCUGCCGCAUAGGAGGUACUUAGAGGUUCUUCCUCUCGCCGAGGAAGAGUCGAGGAGGCCUCGCCAAAUCACCGAGGGAUCAGUUCAUCGCCGUUCCCGACCACCCUAACACCAUCCGAUUUUUCGGUUACACUCCUACCACACUUGCACAUCAAGUCAAUCUGUCAGUCUCCGGACUCAAUCCCUCGUCAACAAACUCCCAAAACAAAACCCCCGCAACUGUUUGGGAUAUGGUUAUGGCAACGGCUGUCCUCGACACUUACAACCACAAUGUCAAUCAUCCUCAUAUCGCAUUAAAGAAACCCAUCAUCCGGGAUUCUAUUGAGCAACAUGACGUGAUUACCCCAAAGCAACUCAUCGGCCAGGCUCUCCACCAGCGUGUGGAGGCCAUUGAUCAUGAGAUGUGUGAGCCUGGCGACGAAGAUACCUUCUUCGUUGCCGACCUUGGCGAGGUCUACCGCCAGCAUCUCCGCUGGAAGAAGAAUCUCCCUCGAGUCCGGCCUUUCUAUGCCGUCAAGUGCAACCCCGAUCCUCAGAUCAUCAAGCUUCUAUCUGAGCUCGGCACCGGCUUCGAUUGCGCCUCCAAGACCGAGAUUGAGCAGGUUCUGUCCGCAGGCCUCAGCCCCGACCGCAUCAUCUACGCCCAACCCUGUAAGACUAACUCGUACGUCCGAUACGUCAAGUCUGUGGGCGUCAAACAGAUGACUUUUGACAAUGCCGACGAGCUCUACAAGAUCGCCAAGCUCUACCCAGGAGCCGAGCUCUUCCUCCGCAUCAUGACCGACGACAGCGAGUCCCUGUGCCGCUUCAGCAUGAAGUUUGGUGCUGCCAUGGACACCACCGAGGGUCUCCUCGCCCUGGCCAAGGACCUUGGUCUCAACGUUGUUGGCGUCAGCUUCCACGUUGGCUCUGGUGCGUCCGACCCUCUUGCCUUUUUCAAGGCCGUUCGCGACGCCCACACCGUUUUCCAGCAGGCACGCGAUUUUGGGUUUGCCAUGCGCACCCUCGACGUUGGUGGUGGCUUCUGUGGCGACACCUUCGAGGCUAUGGCCAACGUCCUCCGUGGCGCUCUCGACGAAUUCUUCCCGCCUCACAGUGGCGUCGAGAUCAUUGCCGAGCCCGGUCGCUACUAUGUUGCUACGGCUUUCACCAUUGCCUGCAACAUCAUCGCUCGCCGCACCGUCGAGGACCCUACUCUCGAUGGCAAGGGCUACAUGCUCUACGUCAACGACGGUGUCUACGGAAACUUCUCAAACAUCAUGUUUGAUCACCAGCAGCCCACCGCCAAGAUCCUGCGCACCUCUGGCAAGACCCUCUUCGAGACCGCCGCCGCCGAACCCACUCCCGUGGGCGAGGGCUUCGAAUACUCCAUUUGGGGUCCUACCUGCGACGGUAUCGACCGCAUCACUGAUAGCACUCGUUUCGACCCCAUUCUCGACGUCGGCGACUGGCUUUACUUUGAGGAUAUGGGCGCAUACACCAAGUGCUCUGCCACUCAGUUCAACGGCUUCUCCAACGCUCACGACGUCAUUUACGUCUGCAGCGAGCCAGGUGCCAAGGCCCUUCUCGGACUAUGAUCUCUGCAAUGUCACAAACGUGCUAGACUAGAUCUUUCUUUCUGGCCAAACACUUUUUUUUCGUUUUCUCUUUGGAGAAUCUUUUUUUUUGAAAACUUGGUUUGAGAUCCAUCAAAAUCGAUGGCAACUACAGUAUGUCUGUCCACGUGAGAGCAUUAGAAAAAAGACAAGAAAAGACCUAGAUAGAGUCGUUAGACUGAUUUUCAAUACUAACAUAAUGUCCUUCUUGAAA